AUGAUUGAAACCGAGAUAAACGGGGACACCACAUCCAUUAUAAACCGCUGGCAGCACCUGAAGGCUCUUCAUCAGCAAUUUUGUCUGCGAUGGAAGGAGGAAUACCUCAAGGAACUCCAUAAGCGGAAUACAAGAAUUCUUCGUGCCGGGGACAUGGUGGUUGUCAAGGAAGACAACCUUCCAUCCAUUAAUGUUAAAUCCCGAGUCUGUCUCAUUACAAAGAGGUAUGUGUUGGUGCUCGUGUGCUUCGUCACCAAAGCCAUCCAUUUAGAGCCUACGUCCGACCUUACGACUGAGAAGUUUAUCGCCACUUUCGCUCGUUUCGAGGAUGCCCCCGAAAAGGAAGGCCUACUCUCCUCGAUUUUCUCCAAGCUCUCAAAGAAGCUGCGACGGGUGCCUAUAGUCAUCAGCAGCUGCUCUGGCAGUUCAUUCCUCCGGGAGCCACCCACAUGGGAAGCUUGUGGGAGGAAGGCGUUAAUAGCUUCAAGGCCCUGUUUUGUCUACCGCCACGCGAAAAUACACGUUCGAAGAGCUGACUAUCUGGCUAGCAUCGAAGCAAGCCUGAAUUCCCAUCCACUCGCGCCGAUGUCCGAAGAACCCGCUGACCUGUUGGCAUUUACGCCUGGGCACUUUCUUGUUGGAUGGCCUCUUCUCGCCAUGAUUGAAACCGAGAUAAACGGGGACACCACAUCCAUUAUAAACCGCUGGCAGCACCUGAAGGCUCUUCAUCAGCAAUUUUGUCUGCGAUGGAAGGAGGAAUACCUCAAGGAACUCCAUAAGCGGAAUACAAGAAUUCUUCGUGCCGGGGACAUGGUGGUUGUCAAGGAAGACAACCUUCCAUCCAUUAAGUGGCAGAAUUGA